AUGGCGACACCAACUUCGACGGAAGAAGCCGACGCCUUGGAGAGAAGCAGGAAGAAAGUGCGAAUGGGAGAAAGCCAUGCCCCCAAAGGUCGUGCUGUGGUUCCGAGAGUGGAAGACUGGAUGGAGGAAGAACAGUCUGGAGAGAACGCUGAAGGGUCGAGGAAAACGUACCGGGAAGCCUGCUCCAAGGAGGCUAGUUCCGAUGACGAUCUAGAUGAUGAAGGUGAGUGGUGGAGAGAUGGUGGUUGGGAGUCGUGUAUUGCCGUUACGAGAACACCAAAAGGUCCUAACAUCACGUUGCUACCUGAGUUCAAGGCUCGCUUAGCAAAAAGAUGGCGGAAGUCCCUUAUUAUUAACGUGCUGGGGCGGAUGGUGAGGGAGGAUAUCCUCGCAUAUAAGCUGGAACAGAUCUGGGGUGACGUGAAGCCUAUAGACAUUGGUUCUGGGUUCUUCCUGGUGGAGUGCAAGAGCAAGGAAAUAUAUGAUCGAGCGCUUACGGGAGGGCCAUGGCUGAUUUUUGAUCACUAUAUCAACGUUCAACCAUGGAAGGAGGACUUUGACCCCGAAGAGGAAGAGAUUACCAGUGUCGCAGCAUGGGUGCGGAUAACCAGACUCCCGAUGGACUAUUACGACCCCGGAAUCUUGUACGUGGUGGGGAGUCAAAUUGGAACAGUGUUGAAAGUUGACAGGAACACGGACAAACGACUCAAGGGAAGGUUUGCAAGAAUUUGUGUUCAAAUUGAUCUCAAGAAGCCCUUGCAACCAUGCAUCCUAGUGAAUGGAAAGGCAAAGAAGGUGGAGUACGAGGGGCUUCACCUAAUCUGUUUCAAGUGUGGGAAGUAUGGUCAUGACUCCGACCAUUGUCAAGAGAGUACUACGCAGAUGGUUCCUCCCUCGAAUCACACGGAGAGUAAGACAUCAGCAAAUGCGACGGAAUCUGGAACUUCCCCAAUGCCGGAGUAUGGUGGCUGGAUGGUGGUGCAACGGCCUUGGAAGGGGAGACGACCAGGCGGAGCAGAAGGGAAAGGGAGAGAUGCUCGCCGAGGAAAUCGGGAUUCGAAUACACAGAAUAACGGUUCCAGAUUUGUCGCUCUAGAGAUGGAUACAAGGGAGGAUUUUGUGGAGCAGAGAUCUCAUGGAAACGGCCCUAAACUAGCGGAUUAUUUUCCUUCCAGGGAGACCAUUAAUGGGCUGAAGAAAGGUACCAAGACCCAGAAAAAUAAGGACCCCGUGACAAAAAGGAACAAUGACGGACACAAAGAUUCUGAAAGCCCAAUGGAUACAUACAUCAAAGCCAAGACUAGAGUUGGAUUGGACGAACCAAAUAUGAGUCAAGCAAUUGUGCUUAGACCCACAGAGCAAGACAACAACCCGGAAAAAAACAAGGCCCUCUCUAGGCUCUCACGUGAUGCGGUCAAUUUAGAAUUAAAUGGGAUGUUGAGAACUGAUGAUGAUCCCAUUGACCCAGGCUCGUCUUCCGGGGCCCAAUUCCUUAUUAGACAGAACCCUCUCUCGCAGACUGACGUAGACGAACUGAUGUUGGAUCAAGGGCCGGGAUCCGAUGUGCAUGGGCAGUGA